AUGCACAGCACGGUGGCGGUGGGGGUGUUGCUGUUCCUGAGCAUGGGGUGUGCCACAGAUGCGCUCUGCUCACCCACCAUAUUUUAUAGAAACUGCUGGAUCCGGCGCUUCCCAGGUCUUCUUGUUGACCUGGAAGAGUCUCAGAAGCUGGGAGCCCAGUUCUUAAAGUACUACACUGAAAACACUGGCCAGAAGUGCAGUCGGAGCUGCUGCCUGAGGAAAGAAGUUUCCUGUAACCUGGCUGUCUUCUACUACGACCCCAUCCAUGACAGUGCCAACUGCCUGCACAUCCACUGCCCUGCACUGGAGAGCUGUGUCCUGGCCCCCGCCACUGGAGCGGUCCUGUACAACAUCACUGAUGGUUUAGAUCCAGAUUUGCUGGUUUUUGAACAAUCAUCUCCUACCUAUCUAAAUACCCGUUCUUCAUCUAACAAAUGGGACAGAGUAAGGAUUCUAAAAGCUGUGAAUUCAGGAAAACAACCAAACAACAUAAUCAGUACAAUGCUACCAUCAAUAGAAACUCUACCAUCAACCACAUAUCAUUUGAUUACAACCACUGAUGAUACCAGGUCUUCCAAAGAAAUGCCCACAGAUUCCUGGGCAAGAUUCAUUUCCUUCAAGGAUUCCAUCCCAACGGAGGUAAAUGUAGUGUCCCCUAGCACUGAUGCUAUCAAUAAUGCAGGUAACAAGACUAUUUCUCCUCUCUUCGUACCCACGGACAGAAAACUUUCUCAUAUGCCUGCUCCAACUAGGCUCAAUAGUAGCCAGCAAUUACCAAACAAAACCAAAUGGCACAAUGGCAGAAACUGGACCUCUGAGGGUGAUGACGCCACACCCGGGGGCACCCCUGGGGACUGGAUCUUGUGGCUGGUUCCUGUGGCACUAUGCUCUGCUGUCAUGUUUCUCGGCUGUUGUGCAGCCAUCCUGACGUGGGGAUGCUGUCAAAAGCAGCGGGGCCAAUAUAAACCAGGACAGCGAAAGUAA